AGUUCGGGUCGGUUCCUUUCGGGUCCGGAUCUUUCAGGUCUAGAAAAUUUAUACCCAAUAGGUACUUGAGAGGAUUUCGGUUCGGGUUCGGGUCGGUUCCUACCGGAUCCGGGUCGGUUCGGGUCUAAAAAUAAAAAACCUGCAAAAGAACCUGUUAUUUUCGGAUCACAUCCGGUUCCGGUUCGGAUACAGGUUUUUCGGGUUAUUUUCGGUUCGGUUCCAUGAGUUUCAGAUAUUUUUCAGUAGUUCUCGUAACAUUUAACCUGAAACCCGAAAUCUUUACCCAUGUAAACCUGUUUACGAAGCAUUGAAAACCAAAUAGCCAUAAUUUCAUAUCAAACUUAUAUGUUUUUGCUAACAAUUUAACCACACAAAAGUACUAAAUAACAUAAAUCUUAUGAAGUUUCAAUCCAAAAACAAAAGAAAAUAGAAAACAACAACUUCAUCACGUCUUCUCCCAAGUUUCUUUGCUUCGAAAUCAAGUUGAACAAUGAACAAAAGUCAAAUCACAAAACAACAAAACAAAACUCAAAAAUCAAAAGAAUCAAACAAACGUAACUUAGUCAUCAAGUGAAUCAUCGAGCAAGACAAAAACGAAACGAAACCAUUAUCAAAAAUAAAAAAGUGGAGACUACCACAGAAUUAAGAAACUUGGGUUUAGAUUAAGGAAUUAUCACAAAAUUAUUUUGAGAAGUCUCAAAAAGUAGAGAAGAAGAAAUUAGAUGAGUAUGAUUUAGGUCUUCCAGUUUGAUUGAUAAGUUUUUUUAGGUUUUGUUCAAGAUUGAAGGCUGCUUGGGGGAGUGGAAACGACUACAGGAGCCGAGGAGAUACCGAGGUUUGAGACAAAACAUUAAGUGACGUGCUGUAACUUGAAGUCUUGAAGCACGCCUAUUUGUGUUUUUUCGAUUCCAUUAAUACCCGUUCGGGUAUCGGGUCUUACCCGGAUCCGAACCUGUACCCACGGAUCUAUGAAUAAAAUAUCCAACAGGUUAAUCUACACAUACUUGUACCUGUACCUGGACCUGUGAUUUCGGGUCGGUUCCGGUUCGAGUUUUCGGGUCCAGGUUAAAAUGCCCAGGCCUAAUGAACAUCAUCCAAAAGACAAGCAAUAAGAACGGUCACGUGCCGCGUGCGUGGACCUAUACCUGACUGUAGCAAAUUGCUACUAGUAAUCCAUACCAAACACUUUUGUAAUGAAUCGUUUUUCUUCUCCUUCUUAUUACAAUUGGUUCGAGUUUCUUACGAAACAGCUCGUGUAAUAAUAAGUGACUUUCUGAGGUUUUUUAGUAACAUGAUUAAUUGAAAUUAAAACAAUUUUUAAUUUUAUUAUACGUUAACAAAAGGUGUGGGUCUAAAAGCCCACCAUGCAAUGUAGCCCAAAACAAAAGGUCCCACGUUUGACUCAGCCUGAUGACGUCAGGAAAUAGCCACGUGUAUAUUUAGCGCCACAUGUAACAACCGCCCUGUUUAACGCAGUUUAAAUCUCUCACACUCUGACUCUGUCUCUCUCUAGUUCUCUGUGCCUGCUUUGGUUUGCGAUUGGUGUGUGUAUAAUCGACGAAAGCAAAAAAAAAAAGAAGAAGAUAAUCAUUGCAAGUUUAUUUCUUUUGAGAAAAAUGGGUAUUGGGUUAACGGAGUUUCUAUCGAUAGAACUAGCCACUGAGCAUCCUAAGGUGAUACCUAUCUCUGUGUUCAUCGUCAUCCUCUGCCUCUGUUUGGUUAUUGGCCACUUACUCGAAGAGAAUCGAUGGGUCAAUGAAUCCAUUACCGCCAUUUUAGUCGGAGCUGUAUCAGGAACGGUUAUAUUACUUAUUAGUAAAGGAAAGAGUUCUCAUAUUUUGGUGUUUGAUGAAGAGCUAUUCUUCAUUUAUCUUCUUCCUCCUAUCAUUUUCAAUGCCGGAUUCCAAGUUAAGAAAAAGAAGUUUUUUCACAACUUUUUAACCAUCAUGUCGUUUGGUGUCAUUGGAGUUUUCAUCUCCACUACCAUUAUUUCGUUUGGCACUUGGUUGCUGUUUCCCAAGUUGGGAUUCAAGGGAUUAACUGCUCGAGACUAUCUUGCCAUUGGAACGAUUUUCUCCUCAACUGAUACUGUUUGCACUCUACAGAUUCUCCAUCAAGAUGAGACACCAUUGCUAUACAGCUUAGUAUUUGGAGAAGGAGUGGUGAAUGAUGCAACCUCAGUUGUGCUCUUCAACGCCGUUCAAAAGAUUCACUUCGAAAGCAUCAACGGUUUGACGGCUCUACGAGUAUUAGGAAACUUUUUGUACCUCUUCUCCACAAGCACACUCCUCGGAAUUGGUGUGGGGCUAGUAACGUCUUUUGUCCUUAAAACUCUCUAUUUUGGAAGACACUCAACCACACGUGAACUCGCGAUCAUGGUCCUAAUGGCUUACCUUUCAUAUAUGUUGGCUGAGCUCUUCUCAUUAAGUGGGAUUCUCACUGUAUUCUUCUGUGGUGUUUUGAUGUCGCAUUAUGCAUCGUAUAACGUGACAGAGAGUUCAAGAAUCACUUCCAGGCACGUAUUUGCGAUGCUUUCCUUUAUUGCGGAGACAUUCAUAUUUCUGUAUGUUGGAACAGAUGCUCUUGAUUUUACCAAGUGGAAGACUAGCAGCUUAAGUGUUGGGGGUACUUUGGAGGUCUCCGGUGUCAUAACCGCAUUAGUAUUGCUUGGACGAGCAGCGUUUGUGUUUCCACUCUCUGUCUUAACUAAUCUCAUGAAUCGAAACGCUCAAAGAAGCGAGUCUAUCACAUUCAAGCACCAGGUGAUUAUUUGGUGGGCGGGGCUUAUGCGAGGUGCUGUCUCAAUUGCUCUGGCUUUCAAGCAGUUCACAUACUCGGGUGUUACAACGGAUCCUCUGGAUGCUGCCAUGGUCACCAACACCAUCGUCGUUGUCCUCUUUACUACACUGGUGUUUGGUUUCCUCACAAAGCCACUUGUGAACUAUCUUCUUCCUCACGACGAAAGUAGUGACAACACCGGUAAUAGUAGAGGUAAACAGAGUGCGCCAGGUUCCCCGAAGGAAGAUGCGACGCUUCCUCUACUCUCCUUUGACGAGUCUACUUCCACCAACUUAAGCAGAGCUAAAGAUAGUCUCACCCUUCUGAUUGAACAGCCUGUUUACACCAUCCACCGCUACUGGAGAAAGUUUGAUGAUACUUAUAUGAGACCUGUCUUCGGUGGACCUCGUCCAGUUAAUCAACCAGAAUGCUAGUUUAUGAUAUGAGUUGCUGCUGGGAAGGCAUGAUGAGUUGGUGUUUUUUUUGGAUUUUCGAGAGAGUAUGUAGUGAGAAACCAGUAUUGUAUCGUUUUCUUUAAAAUGUGUAUACAAUGGUUCUUCUAUAAUUAAACACAAGGUGAUCAAAGAUCGUUACAAGUUUAUGAUUUAUUUAAA